AUGGCAUUGGGAAAUGUCACUGUGGUCAUGGGGAUCAGAACAUUCAGCGAUGUCCACUUGGAAAGAAAGCGAGUGCAGAAGAUAAUUACUCACAAAGACUAUAAGCCGUCCCACCUUGACAGCGACCUCUCCCUGCUCCUGCUGGCCACACCAAUACAAUUCACUAACUUCAAAAUGCCCGUCUGCCUGCAGGAGAAAGAGAGGAUCUGGGACCGGUGUUGGAUGGCAGAGUGGGUGACUGAUGCGUAUGAUGAAUAUGACAACUUAAACACGUACCUGCAGAAGCUGAGAUUGGUGCAGAUUAACUGGAGAGAAUGCAGCAAGAGGGUAGACCAGCUCUCCAGCAACAUGCUUUGUGCCUGGAAGGAACCAGGCACCCAAGGCACUUCCCAGGGAGACAGUGGGGCACCUCUGAUCUGUACUAUGCAUGGAACCCAGAGGCUCUUCCAAGUGGGUGUCUUCAGUUGGGGCAUAAGAUCCGGCUUCAAGGGGAGGCCUGGGAUGUUUGUGUCUGUGGCUCAAUUUGUUCCAUGGAUCCAGGAAGAGACACAAAAGGAGGGGAAAGCCUAUACCAUUUCGGGAGCCCGAAGAAGUUCCCUGCCUCAUGUUCUGCAGUACCCCUUAUUGCUAGGCUUGGGGUCUCAGAUGCUGCUUACCACCGUGUUUACUGGUGAUAAAUCAAAUCACUAA